CAGCAGCUCUCCUCAUGCAGCAGCAGCUCUCCUCAUGCAGCAACAGCUCUCCUCAUGCAGCAGCAGCUCACAGGGACUCACCUGGAAAAACCCCACUGCACAACAUGUGAAACAAAAAUCUGAAGAUUUGAAAAAAAACUUUUUACCAGCUGAGUGUUUUUCUGCAUGACUGUUGUCAUGGUAUUUAUUAUUUCCCUCAUCAAAAAAUCAGAUUAUUGUUUGUUUUUAACUGAGACAGGUCAAAAUGUUCUCCGUGUCUCUGUGCCAAACUGGAAACGGCUGCUUGUGACUUCCUGAAACUUCUGUUCAAUCAGAAGGUCAGAAAACUGUGACGUUGUCCAAGCCUGCUAGAAGGCCCUGCUGACACCAACUCAAAAUCUGAUUGGAGGAAGAAAAUAAAUGUUCGACAAGGAUUUCACAUUAGGAGGCUUUCAGAACGGAUAGUGAAGACCUCUUUAGCCCUGACCCUGCCUGGCAACAGAGGACAGCUGAAAUACGAAAUGCUCCAAUGUGAAAAUACAUCUGUCUGGAGGCAGCAUUACCAUCAUAAACACAAUAAAAGAGAAUAGACAGACCAUUUAGAAUGAUUUAAUGAGGAGUGCAUUGACAAAAUAUAAUUAACACAUGAUUCAGAUGUUUUUUAAGCCUUCAGAGAAGACCUUGAAGGCCCUGACGGCCCACCACUGCCUUCCUGACACUCCCUUCUGCAUUUACCCGGUCUUGGGACGAACACAAAAAAGACACUGGCUUGUGCCUUUUGAGGCAUAUUUAUGCUUUUUUAUGUUAUUUUUACGUCUGUCUUUCCAAACAUUACCCUUGAUUUUUUUUCUUCAGAUUUUGGACUUAGCUGGCCAUCAUGUUUGGGGGGAGUAGUUGUGGUUUUAGGUUCUAAAAGUUUUAAAGAGUCCUGUGGUCUGACCUAUGCCUACAUCUAGCCUUGCUUAAAAUGGUGGUGGAUGGGUCUUCCAACAGGCCAAUGAGCCAAAACAAUUUAGCCAAGACAACCAAGGAAUGGCUGAAGAAGAAGCAGAUCACGGUCAUGGAGUGGUACAGUCAGUCUUUGGAUCUCCAUCCUAUAGAAAACCUCUGGAGAGAGCGGAAGCUCAGAGUUGCUAAGCAACAGCGACCAGGUCUGCAUGAUGUAGAAGUCAUCUGUAAAGAAGAGUGGACCAGAGUUCUUCCUGAUAUGUGCAGAAACCUGAUCAUCAUCUACAAGAAACGACUCACCUCUGUGCUGCUAAUAAGGGUUUAGUCUCAAAGUACUAAAUCUUUCUGGCAGGAGGGUUCAAAUAAUUAUUUCCCCCAAUGAAAUGCAAAGAAAUGCAUGUACACUUUUUACGCGGAUUUCUUGAUUUUCUUUGUGAUUUUCUAUCAUUUCUACCAUUAGGAUGACAGACUGUCCAUUUCUUUUUAAGUGGAUAAAAACCCUACAGAAUCAGGAAGAGAUCAAAUAUUUAUUUCCUCCACUGUAGAACAGAACAUCAGGUAGAUCAUCACACUCUGCUGUCAGGAGACAAAUCAGUUCUGACAGACCAAACUGAGUCCAAAUAGUAGAAUAAAGGAUCAAUGGUUUAUGACUUCAGAUGUAGUCGGAGCUCCUCGUUCUUCAUCUGCUGCUGUGACAAAUCAAAGGCUUAGUCUGGGAAGGUCAGACAGGAAACAAAGCCUCCAUUCAGUCAUUGUUUUCCGUCUUACCUUUGGGACUAAAACCUCUGAGCGUUUCUAGGAACCAAAACGUAUGGAUUCUGCUGGAACAGAGCUCGGGUCAGAUCCUUCUGUCUGAGGUUCAGCCGCUUACAUAAGCAGCCAGAUCUCUGCUUUCAGGGGAACUCAGCUGGACCCGCCCCAGGCUGCGCAGCACCGCCCUGCAGGACAGCAGCUCAUCUCGUUAGGGGGAUAUUUUUAGGUCCCAUCGGGCGUCUUCCAUCAGGAUUUAAGACUGUUAGAGUCCUGAGGUGUGCUCUUUACCUGCAGAAUCACGGCAGCCUGGACUGGUUCAGCUUCCGAUCCUUGGGACAUUUAUCCGGGUCCGUGUCUGGUUCAGGACCCAAACUAGGACAGCAGGUGUCUUGAGCUGAGGUGGGUCGGAAAAGGCCUGCGGCGGCUGACGCCCCCUCCCCACCAGGUUCUGCACUAUGGGGAACCACGGCUCCAAUCUGGACGACAUCCUGGCCGAGGACAUGCACCACUGGUACAACAAGUUCAUGCGGGAGUCUCCGUCGGGCCUGAUCACCCUGUUCGAGCUGAAGGCCAUCCUCAACCUGAGGGGCAUCACCGAGAACGCCAACGGCUACGUGGAGCAGGUCUUCUUCACCUUCGACAUGGACGGGGACGGCUACAUAGACUUCGUGGAGUACAUCGCUGCCAUCAGCCUGCUGCUGAAGGGAGAGAUCAACCAGAAGCUGAAGUGGUACUUCAAGCUGUUCGAUCAGGACGGCAACGGGAAGAUCGACAAGGACGAGCUGGAGACCAUCUUCACGGCCAUCCAGGACAUCACACGAAACAGGGAAAUUGACCCUGAAGAGAUUGUGGCGCUCAUCUUUGAGAAGAUCGAUGUGAAGGGUGAAGGUGAAUUGACAUUGGAGGAGUUCAUUGAAGGAGCCAAGGAGCAUCCAGACAUAACGGAAAUGCUUAAGAACCUUAUGGACCUGACCCCGGUUCUGGAGAUCAUCGUAAAGGGCAGAGAGAAUAAAAUCAAAGACUGAGCGUGCUCAGAACGGCCCAAUUCUGCUCCCAGGAGCCAAACAGACGUCUUCUGGCCUCCAAGCUCCUGCCUGCUCCUGAACAAACUCUGAACUUUCAGGAGACAAAACAAAACUUUCUUCAAAGCCACCUCUCAGACUCCUCUUUUCAAUCUGGCUUCUCGUUUUUUGUCUGGACUUCCUGUUUAGAUCUAUGAACAUUAAUACCCAAAUCCAGCAUCUUUCCUAAAAACCAUUUAACACUAAAGCUAAAAGACUCCUCAAGGCUCUUUUCUUCACUGACAUUUUU